AUGAGGUGCCCUGAGACUGAAACAUUUCCUGUUCCACAUGAGUGGUACCAGUCAGGUGGCCUCAUCAUUGGUGGGAUUGCUUCUCAGUUCUACUAUUCCAUCAUUGAAGAUUUGUUCAAGGAAAACCCUUCACAGAAUCUGUUUGAUGAUAAUCCACACAUGGUAACAAAAUUCUACCAGCACAUCCUGGCCUUGGCAUUUGCUGUAAAAGUGAUAAAUGAGAAUCCCAACCUCUUGCCCAAUGUCACCCUGGGGUUCCACAUCUACGACAGCUAUUAUGAUGCAAGGAUUACAUAUCGUAACACUUUGGACCUGCUCUUUAAAAUGCAUAGAUUUGCUCCCAACUACAAAUGUGACUCGCAGAAAAACCUCAUAGCCAUAAUCGGAGGACUUAACUCUGAUACCUCUUUCCAUAUGGCUGAUACUUUAAGGCUCUACAAGAUUCCACAACUUGCAUAUGGCUCAUUUCCGCAGGAGGAGAGUGAUAUAGAUCACUUCCUUUCCUUUUACCGCAUGGUCCCCAAUGAAGCUCAUCAGUAUAUGGCGAUCAUCAAUUUGCUCCAGCAUUUUGGAUGGACAUGGGUUGGACUCUUUGUUACAGAUGAUGACGGAGGAGAAAAUUUCUUGCAGGCCCUGGAGCAAUUGCUCUACCAGCAUGGAUUCUGUUCAGCCUUCACACAAAGAAUGGAAAAAAUUGCUCAUUUUGAUAUGUUGGGCGAAAUUUUUGAGAUGAUUGAUAAGUAUUAUGAGGGUGUCACAAAUGACAAAGCCAAUGCAUUCAUUGUCUAUGGAGAUUCUCUGACAUUGACCUGGCUGAGAUCUGUUAUAUUUCUACGAGAUCCUGGAAAUAAGGAAAGUGCAUCAUUUAGAAAGGUGUGGAUCAUGACAACACAAAUCGAUUUUGUAUUAUUGAGUUUUCAAAAGUCUUGGGAUCUUGAGCUCUUUCAAGGUGCCAUUUCCUUCACCAUUCACUCAAAUGAGCUUCUCGAGUUCCAUGAAUUUCUUCAGAGCAUAAAACCUUACUGGAAUCCAGGUGAUGGUUUUCUCAAGGACUUCUGGGAGCAAGCAUUUGACUGUCCAUUUCCAGAUCUGGUCAUGCAAGAUAUGGAAACAUAUAUGAAUGACUGCUUCAGAUGCCCAAAGGCUCAGUAUCCAAACAAGAACAAAACUGCCUGCAUUCAGAAAACGAUGACCUUCCUUUCUUAUGAAGAACCUUUAGGGAUCAGUUUAGCAUCAUUUGCCCUUUCUUUCUUCCUCUUCACUGCUUUGGUUCUAGGAACAUUCAUUAUGUACAAAGACACUCCCAUAGUCAAAGCCAACAACCGGGACCUCACCUACUCUCUCAUUGUCUCUCUCCUGCUCUGCUUCCUCUCUUCCUUGUUAUUUCUGGGUGAACCUUGCAAAGUCUCCUGCCUCCUCCGGCAACCAACAUUUGGCAUCAUCUUCUCAAUGGCUGUUUCUUGUGUGCUGGCCAAAACUGUCACUGUAGUUCUAGCUUUCAUGGCCACCAAGCCAGGGUCCAGCAUGAGGAAGUGGGUAGGGAAAAGACUGGCCUACUCAGUUGUGAUUCCCUGUUCUCUUAUUCAAUCAACUAUCUGUACUGUGUGGUUGAUGACAUCUCCCCCAUUCCCUGAAUUGGACAUCCACUCUUCAGCCGAAGAAAUCAUUGUGCAAUGUAAUGAAGGCUCGGUCACCAUGUUCUAUUGUGUCCUGGGCUACAUGGGCCUCUUGGCCAUUGCCAGCUUCGUUGCCGCAUUUGCAGCCCGCAAGUUACCUGACAGUUUUAAUGAAGCCAAGUUCAUUACCUUCAGCAUGUUGCUCUUUUGCAGUGUUUGGCUGUCUUUUUUUCCAGCCUACCUGAGCACAAGAGGGAAACACAUGGUGGCUGUGGAGAUCUUCUCCAUCUUGUCCUCCAGUGCUGGGUUAUUGGGCUGCAUCUUUGCCCCUAAAUGCUACAUCAUCAUUCUGAGGCCUGAGCUGAACAACAGAGAACAACUUAUUCAAAAAAGGUAUUAA